ACCAAUAUAAUUGUGUUAUUUAGGGAGGGCGGAGUUUAGAGGCUAUAUCCCUAGCGUUGCUGUGACACAUGAUCCAUGUAAUUGAUCCCUGCAUCAUGUGCAGAUUAAUCUAUAACAAUUCCGAUUUUGUGUGUUUUUGCCUCAGUUAUACCCACCAACGAUUAAGUUUUUUCCUCUCGGCUAGAGGAUAUCUGAGUUAAUUAAAAUAUAAUUUGCAAAUUGUAAAUUACUCGUGCGAGAAACUAUUGUUAGUUUGAAGUUUUUCUAUUAGAAACCAAGAUGUUGCCCAGAAAGGGAAUGAUUCUUUUGAGCCGCGGUGUCAGUAUAAUCUGUAGAAGGUUUCAUCACAAAGUCGGAAUCCUUGGAGCACCAUUAUCAAGGGGACAGGAAAAGGAGGGUGUAAAAAUGGGACCAGAUGCUUUAAGAAAAUCCGGGCUGCUGACAGCGCUUCAGACUGGAGGUUGUAAUCUGAAGGACUACGGGAAUUUGACAUUUGAAGAUGAGCUGAAAGAUGAACCAUUUGGAACUGUCAAAAUGCCUCGGACAGUGGGGAAAGCAAAUGCAAAAUUAUUUGAAGCUGUUAAAAAAGUAAAAGCAGAUGGCCGACUCUGUGUCAUUCUUGGGGGUGAUCACAGUUUAGCAAUUGGAUCGAUUUCUGGGGAUGCAGCAUGUCACUCAAACCUGUGUGUGGUGUGGGUAGAUGCCCAUGCUGACAUUAACACUCCUAAUACAACACCAUCAGGUAAUCUGCAUGGCCAACCAAUGUCGUUUCUCCUCAAGGAACUCAAAACUGAGAUUGCAGGUGUCCCAGGAUUCACUUGGCUGGAACCAUGUUUAACUGCGAAAGAUAUUGUUUAUGUUGGUCUGAGAGAUGUGGAUCCUGGUGAGAAGGAUAUUAUAAAGAAAUUAGGAAUUAAAUUCUUCUCAAUGACCGAUGUAAAUCACAUGGGAAUACAAAAAGUCAUGGAGAUGAUCAACGAUUAUCUGUAUUCAAGAGUAAAGAAACCAAUCCAUCUUAGUUUUGACAUUGAUGGAUUCGAUCCUGUUUUGGCACCUGCGACAGGAACCCCUGUAGAAGGUGGUCUCACAUAUGAACAGGGUAUCUUCGUGGCAAAUGAAAUCCAUAAAACAGGCCUGCUGUCAGCCAUUGAUUUAGUGGAAGUUAAUCCAUCUUUAGGAAAAACUGAAGAAGAAAUUACAUCUACUGUUAAUUCUGGUCGAGAUAUUAUCUUGAAAGCACUUGGUUAUUUGACAAUAUGAUUCCACAGCCAUUUUUCAAUAGAAGUGUAACGGCUUUAAACAUUUUACCUUCUGAAAUAUCUCAAUUUUGUAGCUUCAUGAAUCAUUUUAAUUUCCAAAGAGAAAAUUUGAAAUUAUGUCAUAUCUUUUAAACUUCAGAUGAAAUAAUAACACUAUUUUAUAAAGGAUUUAUAAUUUUAUAUUACUAUUAAGUUUUUUGAUUGUUUGGCAGAGUGUCCUGGAUGAAUUAAUAUCAACUCUCAACAGCUGCAACAUGCACUGGCUCCAACUCCAUUUCCCUUGUUACUUUAUCACAUUGAAUCUGUUGAACUGAGUUAUAUCAAGUCACCAGUAUAGAAACUUGCCAUUUUGGCCCAACUGAUUGAUGACGCUAUCUAUGCUUCAUACAGCCACCUUCAGUCCUCUUUUUUUUUCAUAUAACCUUUUCAGCAAUAUUAUUCUAUUCCUUUCUCCCUCAUGUGUUUCUUUAACUUUAAGUGCACACAUGCUAUUCACUUCCACCUUGACUUGUGGUAGAGUGUUCUGCAUUCUUUCCACCCUGGAUCUAUAAGAAAAUCUCCUGAGUUCCUCAUUAGAUUUAUACAUGACUAUCUUCUAGAGUUCUGGACUCCCUGACAAAUAGAAACAUUUUCUCUAAAUCCAUCUUAUCAAAAUCUUUCAUAAUCUCAGACCUUUAUCAGGUAACUUCUAUUUUCUGUAGAGGAGUCCACCCUGUCUUGAUAAGUAUAUCUUCUCUGUGGUAUCACCUUAGUUAAUUUUCUCCGGAUCUUACCGAGUAACUCAAUAAUUAUAGUCUUCAUAUUAUAAAGUACUCCAAGUGAGGUCUAACCAAGUUUCAGUACAAGUUUAAUAUAGCUUUUCUGCUUUUUAGUCCCGCUUGAUCUGUGUUUGGUGUGCAUUUUUAAAAACAUGGAUUGUGGUUGGCGUAUCAGGAUUCAAGAUCACAAUGCUUCUCAUUUCAACUCAUUAUUCAAUCAGUAUGGGUUCUCUUCAAUCUUCCUACAUCUAUCAAUAUUGAGAUUAAUUUGCCAGUUACAUGUCAAUUUUGCAAUUUUAUUAAAAUCUUGUACUUUGUCACAUUUCCUCUUAACUAUACUUCUCAAUUAGUCUUCUCUGCAAAUUUUAGUGUACUUCUGAUACCCAAGUCCAAAUCAAUAAUGUAUACUGAGAACAAUGAUGGUAUAGCAACCAUAUAUUUACAAAGCAUUGCUGACUCUUUGCAACUCAGAGUAGCUACCUUUAAACUGUCUGUUUACUGUUUUGUUGCCGUUUUUGUUUUAGUCCAUUCUGGUAGUAAUGUAUGUUCUCAGCAUUUUGUUCAACUCUGAAGUGUAGUUUUCACCUGCAUACACACUGUCAACAAAUUCACAUUCUUCCUUCAGAAUAUUGUUUGACUAUGUUCUAUUUUCCUUUCAACAUAACCAAAACCCUAAUCAUUGCCUUCACAAUCUCAAUGAUUUCCUCACUGUUCUUCUAUCUCUUCCCUUCAUGAAUUUAAACUAAUUUAAUGGUCUGCAGCCAUACCCGUUUUCAACAUACAUCACCCCUAAAUUUUGUUAAGAUCUGGUUAGUUUUUAUUUUUAAGUUGCCAAAAUUAGAAAUCCUGGUUAAUCAUUGAAAAUAAAACCAGAUACCAAAAAUCCAUGAAUUUCCUCAGUAACCCUCCCAGAUGUAAGUCAAAGAUUUUUCGAAGUUUGGCUUCUACACAAUGGAUUUCAGCUUUUAUCUUUUGAGGAUUCCCUCAAAAGCUGCCUGGAGGCCGCCUUGCUUCCUUCGCCUGCAAAUAAUUGUCAGGUAACAGGACUCAACUUAGGAUGCCGAAAUAACUGCCUGCUCUCUUCACCCAAGAGUGCAGCCUACAGGACUCACAAGGAAGCAUUUUAGCAUCUAACAUCUAUUCACUGGCAUGAUCCAAAAUUCCUAGUUGCUCUGAGCAGAAUCCCAUUUCACAUGGCCAUUUCUUUGCCAAUGCCAGUUUCAUGGUGCUGGAGCCCACUGUUCUUCAGCUUUGCAGUGCCAACACUGCUUCCCCAUGGGCUUCUCAGACCCUGAUCUUCCCAACAGCACAAAGGUUGCAAUGGUUUGCUGUUUCACCCUCUCUGGACAGGUUGCUGUUCACUGUGACCAAACUGCUGUGUGACAUGCUAAUAUCCAUUCCUAUCCCAAGGCAGGAUUUAAUCUGUCAAAGCUAGGUACAUUCAGUAGUUUAAAUGCUACAUUUGUUUAACCAAAAGUCACUCCCACACCACAGUUGCAAAACUGCUAUGCUUCCAUACCUAAAACACACAGACAAAUAUCCAAAAUAUAAAUUCCCUCAUUUGCUAAACUUUGAGAAAAAUCCUUCUCCAAAUUGAAUUCAAAAUCCUAGACUUUAAAUACCUUCAUCAGAAUCCUAUUCCAGAUUUAUCCUUGCUCACUCAUUCUGCCCAAGUGACUCCACUGCUUGAUUCAUGCUCUAUCUACUAUUGCAGUAGAAGUUAUUAUUUCAGAUACUCUGCUUCGACUUUUGAAAUUAUCUCCAAAUACUGUUUUGUCCAGCUAUUUCAAAUGCUGCAACUUCAGAAGCUUCAAAACAAUAGUUCUGCAUCUUCUGUCCACUAGUCUUCUGUUUUCUUCCUUUCAUUCCUUACCUAUAAAUUGUGCAGGGAAUGAUAUAGAUUCAUAUGAAAAUUUAAGUUUUAAGAUCUUCAGUGAUAUAAAUUUAACAAUUGUAUUUCUACAUGAAUUCUUCUGAAUUUCAACAAUGAAAGGAACAGCUAUGCUGCUCAAUAAGCUGUCAAACACCGUUUGCAAAUUCUAGAAACUAAGUAUUUGAAUAAAAGAAUAAAAUGUUAAUGAUUUUGUUAAAAGUUAA